AUGCUCAUUCCUCACACGGAAGCCUCGCCGGCGUGCAAGUGCCCCGACGGGUUCGGGGCCAGCCCGUCCGGCGGAUGCACGAGGAGGGAGCCGCUCCAAUGCGGCGGCGGGGACUACUUCGCGACCUUGCCGGGCGUGAAGACGCCAGCGAUGCCCGUGUUCGUCAGGAACAGGAGCUUCGACGGCUGCACGGCGGAGUGCCGUGGCAACUGCUCGUGCACAGCCUACGCUUACACCAACCUGAGCACCGCCAUAAGCGGGGGCAACAUGUCCAGGUGCUUGCUGUGGUUCGGCGAGCUUGUCGACAUAGCCAAGGACGUCAACAUCGAUGGAGAGAAGCUGUACCUCCGUCUUGCCGGCUCAUCAACAGGCACACGGCGAAAGAAGAAAGUACAGAAGCGAUUGAUGUUACAAUACUUGAGGUCUACGGACGAAACUGGGGACAAGAACAUAGAGUUUCCAUUUAUUAGCUUCGACGACAUUGUUGUGGCAACAGACAACUUCUCUGAUGCCAAUAUGCUUGGGAAGGGAGGUUUCGGAAAAGUUUACAAGGGACUGUUGGCAGGCACCAAUGAAGUAGCCGUCAAGAGACUUAGCAAGAGUUCUGGGCAAGGCACCCAGGAAUUUAGAAACGAAGUAGUCCUGAUUGCAAAAUUGCAGCACAAGAACCUAGUUAGGCUUCUCGGUUGCUGUAUUCAUGAAGAUGAGAAGCUAUUAGUCUACGAAUAUUUGCCCAACAAAAGCUUGGAUUACUUCCUCUUUGACUCUGAAAGAAACUUAAUGCUUCAAUGGCUGACAAGGUUCAAGAUAAUCAAGGGAGUAGCACGAGGAAUGAUGUAUCUCCAUCAUGACUCCAGAUUAACUAUAAUCCACAGAGAUCUCAAAGCAAGCAAUAUUUUGUUAGAUAAAGAGAUGAUCCCUAAGAUAUCAGAUUUUGGCAUGGCUAGGAUAUUCGGUGGCGACCAGCAUGAGGCAAAUACAAACAGGGUUGUUGGGAUGUAUGGUUAUAUGUCCCCUGAAUAUGCAAUGGAAGGUGCAUUUUCAGUCAAGUCAAACACCUACAGCUUUGGUGUUCUAAUGUUGGAGAUUGUAAGUGGUCUAAAGAUCAGCUCACCAUAUCUUAUCAAGGAUUUUCCUAACCUUAUAGUCUAUGCAUGGAACCUAUGGAAGGAUGGCAACAUAGAAGAUUUGGUGGGCUCAUCUGUUGAGGAGGAUUAUCGCCUCGAUGAAGUUUUGCGAUGCAUCCAUAUAGGACUUCUGUGUGUUCAAGACAGUCCGCACUGUAGGCCACUCAUGUCAGCAGUUGUAUUCAUGCUCGAGAACAAAACCACGCCACUCACAAUACCAAUGCAGCCUGUGUAA